UGCCCACUCUUGUUUCGCUUUGGAGCUUGGAAGCCUGCUCCCCAAAGACGCUCCGAACCAUUCUCUCCUACCCACAUCCCCAUGUCUUUUCAUUGACCCGCUGACUUUCGGCCGCUGGAUCCUUUCGCUUGAGCCUUCGCAAGGAGCCGGGGGGCGGCUCGGCUCCAGGACUCCGCGCGGGUUGUGUUCCCGGCUCUGCCCGCGGCGGCCACCGCGAGGAAACUCCGCGCCUGGAGCGGGAAGCGGAGCAGGCGGCUGCGGCGGCCACGGGGCUUCGGCGGGGCAGCAACCCAGGACUCGUAGGGCGGCGCGCUCCUUCGUCCAUGAACUGCAUGAAAGGCCCGCUGCACUUGGAGCACCGAGCAGCAGGGACCAAGCUGUUGGCCGCCUCCUCGUCCUCCUCCUGUCACCAUCCUCAGCCGCUGGCCAUGGCUUCGGUCCUGGCUCCCGGUCAGGCCCGCUCCCUGGACUCUUCCAAGCACAGGCUGGAGGUGCACACCAUCUCUGACACCCCCAGCCCCGAGGCCGCAGAGAAAGAUAAGAGCCAGCAGGGAAAGAAUGAGGACGUGGGAGCCGAAGACCCGUCCAAGAAGAAAAGGCAAAGGCGGCAGCGGACUCACUUUACCAGCCAGCAGCUGCAGGAACUGGAGGCCACUUUCCAGAGGAACCGCUACCCGGACAUGUCCACGCGCGAAGAAAUCGCAGUGUGGACCAACCUAACGGAAGCACGAGUCCGGGUUUGGUUCAAAAAUCGCCGGGCCAAAUGGAGAAAGCGGGAGCGCAACCAGCAGGCCGAGCUGUGCAAGAAUGGCUUUGGGCCGCAGUUCAACGGGCUUAUGCAGCCCUAUGACGACAUGUACCCAGGAUAUUCGUACAAUAACUGGGCCGCCAAGGGCCUCACUUCGGCCUCCCUGUCCACCAAGAGCUUCCCUUUCUUCAACUCUAUGAACGUCAACCCCCUGUCGUCGCAGAGCAUGUUCUCCCCGCCCAAUUCCAUCUCGUCCAUGAGCAUGUCGUCCAGUAUGGUGCCCUCAGCAGUGACCGGCGUCCCGGGCUCCAGCCUCAACAGCCUGAAUAACUUGAACAACUUGAGCAGCCCUUCGCUGAAUUCCGCGGUGCCAACGCCCGCCUGCCCUUACGCGCCGCCGACUCCUCCGUACGUUUAUAGGGACACGUGUAACUCGAGCCUGGCCAGCCUGAGACUGAAAGCAAAGCAGCACUCCAGCUUCGGCUACGCCAGCGUGCAGAACCCGGCAUCCAACCUGAGUGCUUGCCAGUACGCCGUGGACCGGCCUGUGUGAGCCGCGCCCCACUGCACGGGGAUCCUAGGACCGUGGAUGGGGCAGUUCUGCCCUUGAAAGACUGGGAAUUAUGCUAGAAGGUCGCGGACACUAAAGAAAGAAAGGGAGAGAGAGAGAAGAUAUAGGGAGAAAAGGAAACCACUGAAUUAAAGAGAGCUCCUUUGAUUUCAAAGGAAUUCUCUCAACGUCUGACAUCUUUCACUAAAAGUAUUUCCAACAGUUUCGAGGACACACAAAUGUUUGACUGGAUAUGACAUUUUAACAUUACUAUAAGCUUGUUAUUUUUUAAGUUUAGCAUUGUUAACAUUAAAAUGACUGAAAGGAUGUAUAUAUAUCGAAAUGUCAAAUUAAUUUUAUAAAAAGCAGUUGUUAGUAAUAUCACAACAGUGUUUUUAAAGGUUAGGCUUUAAAAUAAAGCAUGUUAUACAGAAGCGAUUAGGAUUUUUCGCUUGCGAGCAAAGGAAUGUAUAUACUAAAUGCCACACUGUAUGUUUCUAACAUAUUAUUAUUAUAAAAAAAAAGUGUGAAUAUCAGUUUUAGAAUAGUUUCUCUGGUGGAUGCAAUGAUGUUUCUGAAACUGCUAUGUACAACCUACCCUGUGUAUAACAUUUCGUACAAUAUUAUUGUUUUACUUUUCAGCAAAUAUGAAAAAAAUGUGUUUUAUUUCAUGGGAGUAAAAUAUACU